CAUAACGUUAAAAUUUUCAAAAUGAAAUUAGUGGCAAUUCUAAGUUUUUGGUUUAUCGCUGCUGCUGCCGACAGUUCCCCAGAUAUCCAACCAAUACCAAAUGGUAUAAGUGGAGACGGCUUAACCACCCGCUAUUGGGAUUGUUGUGCUCCUUCUUGCGCUUAUUAUGGUUUUAUAUCAACUCAAAAUGGAAUCCCAGAUCAAACUUGUCAGAUAGACGGUGAAACUCCUAGUACCGAAGAAAACAACGCUAAAUCCGGUUGUGUGGAAGGAGGUACUGCUUUCACGUGCAGUAUCCAGCAACCGUUUGUGGUAAAUUCGACAUUGGCAUAUGGUUGGACAGCAGCUUCAUUCACUGGCGGAGUCGAUACUUCCAAAUGUUGUCACUGUCUGUUAUUGUCAUUUAAAGAUCAGUUAGCUGGAAAACAAAUGCUGGUACAAAUUGUCAAUACGGGAAGUGACCUGGGUGAGAAUCAAUUCGAUUUACAAAUACCCGGCGGUGGAGUUGGUAUCUUCAACCUUGGUUGUAUGACCCAAUGGAAUACAGGGGAAGAUGGAUGGGGCAGAAGAUACGGAGGUGUGUCUACUAUUGAAGAGUGUGAUACUUUACCGGCAGUCUUACAACCAGGUUGUAGAUUUAGAUUUGAAUAUAUGGAAGGAGUUGAUAAUCCUCUUGUAUCGUUCAUUGAAGUAAAAUGCCCAGCCGAAUUGGUGAAUAUUUCGAAAUGUGGAGAUUUAUAGGAAUAUGAAAAUUUUGUCAAAAAAUUGUUCAACUUUUCUUAUUUAAAAAAUUACAGUUUUUUAUAUAGCA